GGACUAUUCACAUCAAAACAAAUACAUAUUUUAAAUUAUGUUUUGAUGUAGUGUGGAGUACCUGGUUUAAUAAGAAGUGAGGAAUUAUGAUGUGUAUCUGAAAACAAUGGAUUUACCUCAAGAUCCAACUCAAACAGCUGUCUCAAGUGUAUCUGAAGAAAAUUUAAAGCUCAAAUCUAGAGAAUAUAAGCCAUGCAAUAUCUGCCAACUGUUAUCAGCCGCCGGUCGCUAUGCCUAUGCUGCCAUCUGUGCCUUGUCCUUGCGCCACUUGUUCGACAACCAGUGGGACCGGGGCUUCGGCCAUGUUUGCAUCCGCAAACUACUUGAUCAUCUCAAACUUCAAAACCAGGUGGAGCCAGUAUUGCUGGAUUUAUUCGAGGGCCCAACCAGCCAGACUACAGAUGCUUAUGUGGACCUGUUGUUUUCUGAACCAGCCUUGGAUGGCAAAGCUGUGUUGGUUCUGGAAGACCUUGUAUUGUUUGCUGUGAAUGAUGGUAAAUACGACGCUCGAAUGAGAGUUCUGAUUCACCAUGUGGCUAUCCUCCUGAAAGUGCCAGUUGAAUUGGUAGAGAUCUAUGAAGAAUCUGCUGUGGAUUACCUGACUGAGUAUCAGCGGGAAAUGACAGCGAAGGAGAAGCAGGUGAAACUACAAAAGCUGCGUUCCAACAAGCUGAAGCGAUAUGCUUGUAUCGGGCUUGCCACACUUGGCGGAGGAGCGAUCCUGGGACUUACGGGGGGGCUGGCAGCACCUCUUAUUGGUGCAGGCAUGGGCACUAUUCUGGGGGGUGCAAGUGCUGCAGCGAUUGGCUCCACCGCAGGCAUCGCUAUUAUUGGCUCUCUGUUCGGAGUGGCUGGUGCUGGCCUCACUGGUUUUAAAAUGAAAAAACGAGUGGGUGAGAUAGAAGAGUUUGCUUUCGGUCGUCUGAAUCCACCGAGCGAGUUGAACCAUUCCACUCAACAACUGCACAUCACUGUGGCAAUUUCUGGCUGGCUGUCAGACACAGUGGAGGAUGACUUCACGCGUCCGUGGCGCACACUGUAUAACUCUCAAGAGCAGUACUACCUACGAUAUGAGUCCACUUACCUGCUAGAACUAGGCAAAGCCAUGGAGGCCGCGCUGAGCUUUGCAGCAUCUCUUGCUGCACAAGAGGCACUAAAGUACACCAUGCUCUCAGGUAUCAUAACAGCCAUAGCGUGGCCCAGUUCCUUGAUAACGCUGGCGUCGGUAAUAGACAACCCGUGGGGAGUGUGCUGCCGUCGCUCGGCUGAGGUGGGCAAGCAGCUGGCACAAGUGCUGCUGUCCAAGGAACAGGGGCAGAGGCCUGUCACCCUCGUCGGCUUCAGCCUGGGCGCACGUGUCAUCUACUAUUGUCUAAGGGAAAUGUCUGAGGUGGAUGGUUGCGAAGGUAUAGUCCAGGAUGCAGUGCUGCUGGGCGCUCCUGUAAAUGGAAAGCCUGCUCUCUGGGAGAAACUAACUAGGGUCGUGGCUGGCAACAUUGUCAAUGGUUACUGCAGAAGUGACUGGCUGUUAAGAUUCCUGUACCGAACACUAUCGGUCACGUCUGAGGUUGCAGGCUUACAGCCGGUGCAGUCCACGAACCGGCGCCUGGUGAAUGUCGACCUCAGUGAUGUGGUGUCAGGUCACAGUGAGUAUCCCGAGAAAAUUGACUCAGUUUUAAAGGUAGUAGGAGUUCGCACUAGAGAUGAUUUGCAAGAUUUGGAAUCCAAGCUGAAGAAGUCUAACUCUGACUUACCAGCCAGCGUGAAAGCUAAGAUAUCUCUUGUUUCAUUGAGGGCAUCGAAAUCUCACAAUGCGCUGCACACCACGCUGGGCGACUCGCCCCAAGUGACCGACCAAACGGAGUCUUGCAGCAAAGACAGCUGUGAGAUGAUGACGCAGGCAGUGCUCUACCCAACAGAUGCCAUUGCCUCCAUGCAGUCUCCAAAUGCGCUGCACACCACGCUGGGCGGCUCGUCCCAAAUGACACACCAGACAGAGUCUUGCAGCAAAGACAGCUGCGAGACGAUGACACGGACAGUGCUUGACUCAGCAGAUGACAUUGCCUCCACACAGUCGCACAAUACGAUGCACACCACCCUAGGCGACUCGCCCCAAAUGACACACCAGACAGAGUCUUGCAGCAAAGACAGCUGCGAGACGAUGACACGGACAGUGCUUGACUCAGCAGAUGACAUGGCCUCCACACAGUCGCACACUACGAUGCACACCACCCUAGGCGACUCGCCCCAAUUGACCAACCAAACGGAGUCUUGCAGCGAAGACAGCUGCGAGAUGACGUGGGCAGUGCUCGACCCAGCAGAUGGUAGUGCCUCUCAGUCGUCUGGCAAGCAAGCUUGACAUUUGUUUUACAUAGGACAUACUUGUUGACAUCAAGAUGAAUACUGCCAGCUGUAAUGAUGGUUAUUUAUAUGUAUUUGUAGCUGAAACAAUUUAUAUACACAUUAAUAUAUUAGUAGAUAUAAACAUGUAAAUUAUUAGUGCCUGCGUGUAGCAUCUUCAUCAUCGUGUAGAUGUGGUGUUGUCUAACGGUUGUUGAAAAAUAAUUUCCUCCAAUUUUCUUUUUACAUUUUUUAGUGUUGUGAUACUGAUUUUAACUUUUUUUCUUGUUUUGUUCCUGGAAGUAGCAUACUUUAGUUAUUUCCAAUUUCUUGUAAUUACCUAAAUACUGCAAUAUUGGUGUUGAUGCAGUCAGUUUUCUGAGGAUGUGCAAAGCAAGUAUUUACCAUAAAAAUUAACAACUUGUACUAUUCAAUUUAAAUAAAAAUAAUAUCUGACCUUUUUGAACUGCACAAGACAUCAAAUAAAUAAAAUGACUAAAUUAUUUUUAUAAGUAUUUAGUUCUAAUUAAAGUAAUUUUGUAUGUUUGCGGUACUUUUUUUUUGUGGCUUGUAUUUCAGUUUAUUUUAUAUUUGAGGUUGUCUUAUAUUUGAGGUUGUCUUACUUUCUAAAACCUAUUUUGGUUGUAUUUUACAAUUUUAAUUGACUUACCAUAGAAGUACAUCUUAUGUACAUUAUAUUAGAUUUGUCAUCAUCUUGUAUAUAAAGUCUUCUUAUAUUUGAGGUGUUUUUGUGUUAAUACUGACUGUAUUUUGAGGUGUAUGUUAUUAUCCUGAUAGAGUUCGUAUGAAUUUGAGUUACUGUUUAUAGGUUAUCAUACAUUCCCAGUGGCUUUCAUUCCUAGACAAAGUUAAAACAACUAUGUAACUUUAUUUGCUUUCCAAGCUUAGAAUAUUUUUUAAGACUAUUUUUCUACCCAAAUCCCUCAAAUAUUCACAUUGACUUUGGAAAUAUCAAAGUUUGUACGGCUAUGUAAGCAACUACAUCCACGUGAUUUACUAUCAGUGCCUGGUAUGCCGCUGCCACAGCUUCAGACACCGCCAUCUGCAACGUGGACUAUCUUCGUUAACAUUUUAGGCUUUGAAUUGCAUCACUUGUUGAAGGCUCUGACUGUACUAUGGAGACUGGAGUUCAUGAUUCCCAGUGGUCUGUUGUGCUGUUGCCAUAGUGGGUCCGUCGCACCAACACCAUGAUGUAACUGGCUAGUCUUUUUUUACUUAAGUGUUUGGCUCCACAUGGUGUUUCUUACCUCUUUUUAUGAUUACAGAUUGUGGCAGUUAGCUCCAUCCAAUACUGUUUAUUACUUCUGUUGUAUAACAUUUCUGUAAAUUUAUUAAGUGAUUGUCAAAAAUUGAAAAAUUUGUCAUAUGUCAAAUAUUCCCCUCAAUCUUUCUCUUUGUACCAAUGAUACCAUGGUCAACUUGGGCAUUUAAAUCACAUACACAAAAAAAUUGGCAUUACUGGCAGCUGUAUGACUCACCAUUGAUGUAGGUGCUUCAUUUGCAAGAAUGAAUAUUAUUAUUUAUUAAGUUAGUGUAGCAAUAGAAUUUUGAUAGAAAUUUGAUAGUGCUCUAUUUUUGAAUAGUAAUAGUUGGGUGAUCAAUUAACAUCACGGGGAUGAGAGGAACAUCAAUUUAUAUCUGAGUAGUAGUAUAUUUAUUUACAAAGUGGUUUAUAUAGUUUUGGUUUGCUUUCAUGGUUUAUACUUGUAAAAAUAUAUUUUCAUUAUUCUGUUACUGAAAAUUUCAAAGUGAUCCUGUGUGCCCUCUACAUGGUGUAAAUGUACCAUGUUUUAUAACAUAAUCGUCGCAAUUUUAUAUUAAAAUCAAGUUUGAAAAGUAGGGGUACAAGUUUAUGCGGAAAAAAAAAUUUUUGUUUAGUAUUCAUAAAAACAAAACUCAUUCAUGAAAAAUAUGAUUAUUUAAAAGUGGCUUAUACAAGAGCACGCCAAACAAUUAAAAUUAAUAAGUCAUGCAACAAAAACCUUUCUUCAACUUUAAAUAGAAAAACAAAAUGUGAAUGUGAGUACUAUCGUCAUAGUACACACCACGAAAGAGUGCGGGCCAUCAAAUGUAGUUAAAUGCGCGUGGUGCAUGCAAUUGGCGAGAUAUCGAUAUUCGACUACAUGUGUACGCUCUAUACGGUAAGCAACAUAACCAAACAUUAAUGAUGCCAACUAGCGCUGACUACAUUUUUAUAAGUGGUACACUGCGCGACGCAGAUGAACAGAUAAAGGUUAUAACGUUUAAAAACGUCUUUAAAAGAAAAUUUACACAUCAGACAACUUCGUAUUUCCAUUAAUUAAAUAAGAGGUAAUUUCCGAAUAAAUUGUAGGUUUCUUCUUUUAAAUACAUUGUUUUAUACGUAAAAGAUACCUACACAAAGCGCUUGGAAUCAAAAACAUCAUUAGACGUUUAUGCGAGAGGUUUUUUUUAUCUUAAUUUUGACGCCCUAAAAUAUUGGUGCGAUGAUUAUGCGCGUGCUACGAUUAUGCGAUAAAAGAGGGUAUUGUAGAGGUAUAUGCAUGGUGGUACAGUGUUUGUUCGUUUGUUCAUUUGUUUUAAAAACUUGUCUUUCAGAAACGUGGUGCUGAUCUGUUUUACAUGUACUUUACUCUCAUACAUAUCAGAGUGCCAGUAGCAUGUCACUCCUCAAUUGUAAUUAUAUUUUUAGAGGAGCAUUUUUGCAUUAGAUAAAUAUAUGUAUUGUAGACUUGUCUUGUAAAUAUGUAUAUCUAGCUUGGCUACCAUUUUUUAAAAAGUGAAAUGUUUAUUAACUAUUCGUGUGGAUAGUUUACUUAUCUUAUGUGGUCAACUGAAACAUAUCAUCUAAAUCCUUCCAGGUUUUUUUUUUAGACUUUACAUAGAGUGAAAAGCUUUGUCUUAGAUUUAAUAAGUAAUUGAAGGGUUAGAGAAUUGUAGGAAGUGCCUGUAACUUAUUGUAUUGUCAUGAUGCAAAAUUAUUUUUUUGCCCUUGUACAAAUGUGUUGUAAUUCAAUUGUACCUAACGAAGACUUAUUUAAAAUAGGUUAAAAAUCACCAGAUAAAUAAAUGUGUUAUGCUUUGAGAAUUUAAAUUUAGCAAGUGUUUUAAUGAAUGUAACUGUAUUGUCACUUGUUAUUUGGGUAGUUGUAAUCAUGUUGAAACAUGUAUACUAGGAAUAGGGCCAUAAAGAGAAACUAAGGGCCAGGGGGCAAAUACUUCAGUCGGGCCCCUUCCCAACUACUGUAAACUCCUCACUAUUUAAACAAAUUGAAAGACUGCUAAACUUUAAGAGAUUAUAAUGCUGUAUGAAUAUGUCAAAACUACAUAAUAUUUACCAAUAUUUAUAUAUUUUUCUAAAUGUUUCUAUCAUGAUAACUUAUUUUCAUCCUAUUAUACUUUUUCUGAGAAAUAUGGCAAAAAUGAAACAUUAACUCUGUUUAAAACUACACAGAUGAUUCAGUACUGAACCAUUUGAAAUAUAACAACUAUGCAUCUGGGGUUCUAUUAAAACUAUUAGUUCUAUUUCUUUGUUGGUCAUUGUCAGGGAUGUGAAAAAAUCAAAUUUUUAACUUGCCUGUUUCCACCCCUUAAAACUAAUUAAGACUACUAUGACAGCUAUCCACUUCAAUGAUGUAUUUUUGAUUCAGUGGUGGCGAUAACUUAUCUGGCAAGUAUAUGACUGUCGUAGCCAACUCAUCACUUAAUGUUGGAGUUUGAACAUUAGUACACAAUUAUUAGUUUAAACAUUAAAAACAAUGAGGAAUUUCUCACGAAAUAUUUGCCUCCUUACUGUCUGCUAUUUUAUCUGUAAUAUUUUUCUUAGAUGAAACAUUACCAUUACCCAAUGUUAAAUAAAUAAAUUUCUACCUGUGUUA